CGCCGCCGGCUCGGUCCCGCGCCCGCCAUGGCCCGCCUGACGGAGAGCGAGGCGCGCCGGCAGCAGCAGCAGCUCCUGCAGCCGCGGCCCUCGCCCGUGGGCAGCAGCGGGCCCGAGCCCCCCGGGGGGCAGCCCGACGGCAUGAAGGACCUGGACGCCAUCAAACUCUUCGUGGGCCAGAUCCCGCGGCACCUGGACGAGAAGGACCUCAAGCCGCUCUUCGAGCAGUUCGGCCGCAUCUACGAGCUCACGGUGCUCAAAGACCCCUACACGGGGAUGCACAAAGGCUGUGCCUUCCUCACCUACUGUGCCAGGGAUUCCGCCAUCAAAGCUCAGACUGCCCUGCACGAGCAGAAGACCUUGCCCGGAAUGGCGCGGCCAAUCCAGGUGAAGCCUGCGGACAGCGAAAGCCGCGGAGGUAGGGACCGGAAGCUGUUCGUGGGGAUGCUGAACAAGCAGCAGUCGGAGGAGGACGUGCUGCGGCUGUUCCAGCCCUUCGGGGUCAUUGACGAGUGCACAGUGCUCCGGGGGCCUGACGGCAGCAGCAAAGGCUGUGCUUUCGUGAAGUUCUCCUCCCACACGGAGGCACAGGCGGCCAUCCACGCCUUGCAUGGGAGCCAGACCAUGCCGGGAGCCUCCUCCAGCCUGGUGGUCAAGUUCGCCGACACGGACAAGGAGCGGACGCUCCGGCGCAUGCAGCAGAUGGUGGGCCAGCUGGGCAUCCUGACGCCGUCCCUCACACUGCCCUUCAGCCCCUACAGUGCCUACGCCCAGGCUCUCAUGCAACAGCAGACAACAGUCCUGUCCACCUCGGGCAGCUACCUGAGUCCCGGCGUGGCCUUCUCACCCUGUCACAUCCAGCAGAUAGGCGCCGUCAGCCUCAACGGGCUGCCUGCCACACCCAUCGCUCCUGCCUCUGGGCUGCACUCACCCCCGCUGCUGGGCACCACCGCUGUGCCUGGCCUCGUGGCUCCCAUCACCAAUGGCUUUGCAGGUGUUGUGCCCUUUCCAGGUGGGCACCCCGCCCUGGAAACCGUCUAUGCCAAUGGCCUUGUGCCCUACCCAGCUCAGAGCCCGACUGUGGCCGAAACACUGCAUCCUGCCUUCUCCGGUGUCCAGCAGUACACAGCCAUGUACCCCACCGCGGCCAUCACGCCCAUCGCGCACAGCGUCCCCCAGCCGCCGCCCCUCCUGCAGCAGCAGCAGCGAGAAGGUCCCGAGGGCUGUAACCUGUUUAUCUACCACCUCCCCCAGGAGUUUGGAGACACGGAGCUGACGCAGAUGUUCCUACCCUUCGGCAAUAUCAUUUCCUCCAAGGUGUUUAUGGAUCGAGCUACCAACCAGAGCAAGUGUUUCGGCUUCGUGAGCUUUGAUAACCCGGCCAGCGCCCAGGCAGCCAUCCAGGCCAUGAACGGCUUCCAGAUCGGCAUGAAGAGGCUCAAAGUCCAGCUGAAGCGGCCUAAAGACCCGGGACACCCCUACUGACCGCGCCCACAGCCGCCCUGAGGCUGUAGGCAUGGCCCAGGUGAGCCGCCAGGCGGCCCCACCCCUGCCCAAGCCCCCCGUCUUGUCUGAAACCCCCUCCCGUGGCCCACUUCAUGCUCCAAACCCUCCCCAGGUGGGGUGAUGCUUCGAGAGGCUACAAGAAACCUCCGGGUUGGGUUGGUGGGGGCAGAGCUGGAUGUAGACACCCCCAAUCCCCCUGUGGUUGGGGCUGGAGCAGAGGGUGGGAGUGGGGUGGGGACUGAGGUGAGCCAGGGCCCAGUGAGGUCGGUUAGGGAAUCCUUCCCGGAGAAGGCUUUGAGGGAUGAAUAGAAGUUCACCUGAGAGGCCAGCUUUGCUCUGGGGGUGGGGAUGCGGUGGGGAGGGGGUUCUGUUCUGUCCUAUGAAUCUGUUUUCCCUGCUGAAAAACCCAACACCAGACGGAAAUGCCAAGUGCCCACCCCAGACCCCAAACCCUAAGGUUGGACCCCAACUCGGAACCAGGACUGGAGUGUGGAAGGUGGGGACAGUGCUCAGGGCCCAGUCCAGUUGACAUUGACAGCUUCCAGUGUCCCUGCUCCAUUUCCACCAGUUCCCCUGGGACAAGCAGCCCCUCACUGGGUGUCAUUCCUACCCAAUGAGUUGAUGGAAAAGUGGGAUUCGUGCCCCACCCACCAUCACGCAAGAAAAACAAGCAAAACAAAACCCAGAGUGUAUUUUGCCAUCAGGGCAAACCACUUUCUCAACAUUUUUUUGCGGGGGGAUGAAUAGUAAACCUUGUGGGGCCACUGUGGAAACUUAACCGUGGGUCUCAAACCUUGAUGAGCCUCAUCUGUAAAAUGGGCUCAAGAAAGUCAUCUCCCCAGAGAUGGCGGAAACGGUCUACCUAGGGAACGGAGUGGGGCAUCUUUUCACAGCCGAGCCCAGAACCCACCACCUAAAGAGUUCUGGAUGAUUCGUUGUGAUUUUUUUUUUUUUUUUUUUAAAUCACCAUCGCCGUCGUCAUCAAAGAGCCUCGCCUAGGGCCUGGCACAGAGUAGGUGCUCAGUUAGAAGCUGUCUGGCCUUUUCACAUUCUCCCGGGUCAGCACACACAGAUUUGGGAGUGUUUACCUGCACAGAACGCACCUUCAGGAACUGCCAACCAGAAGCAAAAUCCAAAGCUGCUCUCUGCGAUCCCUUCAUUUUUAACUCUCAGUCUGCACCUUUUUUUUUUGUUUGUUUAACUGAGCAUCUAUUAUGUGCUAGGCACUGUUCCAGUGCUCGGGGACGCAGCUGUGAAUGAACAGAAAUGGGGGAUGGGGGACAGGAGAGAAACCCCCUUCACGGGCCUCAGAUGGCAGGGGGUGGGGAAGGAGAGAUAGAAAAUAAACAGAAAUAUCUGUCCCCAGCUGCCAGAGGAGGAGGAAACGGGCUUGGUGAUGGUGACAUUAAGUUCUUUGAAAGCUGGGUUUGUUGGCCUCUGAACUCUGGCCUUUGUGGGAUCUGUUCUUUUGGAAAUGAUGGGAGCCCCUUGGUUCCUAGAUCCCAGCCUGGCCGGGUGGAGUAGGGUGGGGAGGUGGUGUCCACCUGUGUGGCCCCGUUAUCACUCCCUAACGCCCGUCCCUUCUCCCCCAGGUGAGGGGCCUUCCCAUCCCAGGAGGGUUUUCUGCUUCCAACCGAUCCAGGACUUUCCCAUAAAUUCCAACCGUUCUUUGGACACCAGCCCUUUCCUCCCCUCUUCUCCCCUUGCCCCGCCCCUCUACUGGAGGCCACCGGAGUGGGGAGGGGCCUUUGGGGUCUGUCCUGGGGCAGGCGCGGGGGUGGAGGGAGGCUCCUGAAUCGGGGACAGAAGUGUUCACACGCCCCCUGCUUUGGGAAACGCUCUCGCUUCUUCCCACAAAACUUGGUGACUUCCCCAAACGAAAUCACACCUUUUCCUAUAUAUAUAUAUGCAUAUAUAUAUAGAUCUAUAGACAGUAUAUAUAUAUUUUGAGUACGGAUCAUGGGACCAAACUUUUCCGACUUCCUCCCAUCCGAGUAGAGUGACCCUGGGCCAGUCACUCAGCAGGGACACAGGAAGGGCUGAGGUUGGCGGGACCCCGGACAACACGUACCAGGUGCCCCACCCCCACCCCCACCCCCUCCCGGCUGGCACAUCCCACCAGAAACCCACCAACACAAUAUACCUCCAGGACUUUUGGCACCCCCCACCACCGAUUCUCCAGGGCCGUUGGGCUCUGCCAGCUUCAGUGUCCCUGGUCCUAGCUGCAGCCUCCAGACCCCACCUUGCCCCUUCGUCCCAGAGCCCUGCCCUCCCGGAUGGAUAUAGGUACAACAGAGACGCUCUGGCCUGCCUCAGCCCUUCUCUGCUCCCCUACCCGAGUCAUAGCCUUACUCAUGUGACCAAUAGCCCUUAGCUUUCCGUCGGGGGGGGGGGGCGGACAGGGUUGGGGGGAGCCCCCCUGCCCCUCACCACCCCCUCCCAAGGCCAGGCAGCCAUCGUCCCUGCCUUCGAAUCACCAGCCUCGAAUUUAAGGUCUUGUAACCAGGAUUGCCAAGCGUAGCGGAAGACCCUACCCCGGACCGGCCAAGCACCCCUUUAACUGGAGACGAACUUGAUAAUGACCUUCAUACCUCUACAGAGAUUUUUUUCUUUUUUUCCGGUCUUUCUGAGCAGGUACAAAGAAGAAAAGAGAAGAAAAAGAUGGGGGGAAAAAUCAAACCACAAUGGAUUUUUGUUUCCUAGUUGGGAGUGGGGUGGGAUGGGGGGUCUUUGUGGGGAUGCCUCUGUACAGCUGCCCAAUCCGCGACACCCAUGUCAAAGCACAGAAUCAAGAUCGUUUGGACAUCCGGCAAGGCCUCUUACCAAAUGAGGCGCCAGAUAACUUAAUAAGCUCAAAAGAAAAAAAAACAUUUAAAAAGAAAAAAAAAAAAAAACCAAGCAUUUCCUUUUCUUUCUACCAAAAUGUGUUGACUGACCCGGAGGGGGGGUGGUGGGGUGGGGGAAACCACACAGGAAAAAAAAAAAAAAGAAAAAAAAAGAAAAAAGAAAAAAAGUAGAAAAGAAAAAAAAAUCUUCUGAACCAACUUGUUUCGAUAUUCCAGAGUUUGAUAAUUGUUUCGAGACUCUCCUCUAGCGUGCCUGUGUUCCGUGUGUCCCCGUGUGCAAGUGUGUGCCAAUCUGCCUCGAGGGGGCCCCACCCGUGUCCGCGGCGCCCGCCGAGGCCCCCGAGGGCCUGCUUGGGAGUGUGUGCUGGUGUGCAGUUGUACGUGUCUUUCUGGUCCAUGUUUACUGGCUGUAAAUACCAUUUUUAUACUCCACAUCGCAAACCUGCGUGAUUUGUACAAUGUACUUUAUUUCUGCUACGAGUAAUUUCAUGAAGUUUCAACUUGCAAACUGACUUUUGGGACAAACCAACACACACACAGAAAAGAAAGCAAAGAACUUGGAACUUUGGGUUGACUUGGUUUGAGUUUUGUGUCAAAGAAGAUUUCCCGUGGCUGGAGAGGUUGGUGUUCCUGUUACGUGUUUCAGGUGAGAAGCAGCAAAGCGUCUUAAUGUCCAAAACGCCUCUCUUUGGUCUGGAAAAAAAAAAAAAAACAACUAAAAA